AGUGCCUGGAUCGCUAUCGGGGAGUUAAGGUGCGCCACUCACAAAGUUCGCGUAUCACGAGUUGAGAAAAAGAAUUCCACGGGGAACUUUUGCACAAAAACAAAGGGCCCCGUCUUUUAUGGUUUUUUUUUUAUUUGUUUGCAUCUCCUAAAAGCAUCCUGAAGCAAGGAAUUUUUAACGGCAUUCAGCGGGAAAUUCGCAACAGGGUGAUGGACAAUUUUUUUUGUGUGUGUGAGCUUUCUGCGGUGAAAAAGAGUCCGUGUGAAGCAACAGAUUGCUAAUGAGAGAAACUCUGAGGUGAACUGGGUAGCUGCAAAUAUAGACACAUUCGGUUGCCCCCGGGUUUAUCCCUCGUGCCAUCGUGCUUAUUUUACAAUAGCCCGCUAUAUAGCGCAUUAAGCAACAUCCCCCAAACGUCGGAAAUAUCAUUUUAAUUGUUCAAACUCUGCUUUUGCGGGUGAAGGGCAGCAAAAACAUAGAGGCGCGGAGAGACGCUUUUUAAAAUAAGGAUGGUAGAAAAAGCUCAUUUGUUGAGGGCAACUGUGUGGUAAUUUGUGUAGUAGACUCUGUAGAAUAGGGCAUGUGUUGAACCCCUCAGCAGGUUCAAUGAUUGUUUUUACGGAGUAGGUGCAAAAGGAACUUUUCCCUCCCUCCGCAAAAGGUUUCACAAUUUUCAUGUGUUUUAGAUCUUUCACACGGGCCUUUCAACCCUCCCGCGCUCAAAACUGAUUUUACACACAAUCCCGAGGAAAAGUGGUUUGUGCAUUACAAAUUUUCUCGUGCCUGGUGUGCUUUUCCCAUGAAAAGUUAUAUUAUAUAUUACGAUAUGUUAGGGAAAAGUGUGUAAGGGAGGAAGACAGAAAAAAACAGGUGAAGUUCACUCUCAAUAUGAAUGUUGGAUUAAUGUGAAAGUAAAGUGUCGGAGAAGGUCAGAUGACUUUCAGUGUGUUUUUUUUUUCAUGCAUUUUUGAUAGUGCUUGUGUGUCUUAUUCAGAGAUGGAUUUUUUUCCCUUCACACACAUUUUCAACCCCCAAACAUUGCUGCUACGUAGCAUCAUGCCUCAUGGAGCUGUAAUCAACGUCUAAGAGAAAUUGGCGGUCGAUGGAUUCCAUGGCGAGUGGCCGAAGUGCUCGCCUACCCGCCACACCGUCCAUCAAUGUACGUUCCUUCGAGAGCAACCACAACUAUCAGGGAAGUAGUAUACCCAACAGUACUUUCAGCAAUCUCACACCGGACUUUGCAGUCACCACAACACAGGUCCUUGAUAAUUUAUCUGAGCGUGAACGUCAAAUGAUCCUGGCUGUGUUGCAACGAGAUGAGGGGAUCCGGCAGCGUGAAGCAACGAGGAUUAUGCUUCUGCGUGCUGAACUGCAGAGCUUACGUCGCAGGGGGGCAAUCAAAAUUGAGGCAGGAUCCCUUGACAGGCCUACGAUUGAAAUACAGCGAUCGUGCUCACGGUGCUGCUCGGAGCUCGGUCGGAUCAUUAAUCGCGGCGCCCCGUGCAGAUCCUGUCGUCUUCGCGUUUGCAAAGCGUGCCGUGAGUUCACGAGACGCACGACCGACUGGGUCUGCGUUGUGUGCCAUAAGCAAAUGGAGCUACAAUCUGCCACUGGUGAGUGGAUGAACGAAUUUUCCAGAGGACCCCCAAGGCGAGAUUCAGCGUCAGACAUCAUAAAGAAGAGCAUUCGCAGAUCUUGGACAAUAUCAAGUCCACAGAACGAAUAUUUGCCUCAUAUCCGAAACGGUGCUGAAUAUAGAAAUUACUCCAGUCUACCACCGAGUCAGGAGAUAAGUAAUUACCCAUCUCUCAUGCAGCAUCAGCUACAAUCAGCUCAAAUGCAGUUUAGCGAUGAUAAAGCUCAGGAUUAUAUCGACGAUGUCAAUUAUCAGGAUGUGCCGCAACAGCGGCGAAUACUGCGACAAUCUACAUUGCCAAAUCCCGAUGUGAAUAAUUACUUUGGCAAUAAUAACCUACUACCCCCAGGUUCCCCGAAGCAGCAGCUGAGCCCACAGUACAGCCCGUACAAUACGGACAAUGAGAACAUGAUGGAUCUAUCGGAUCAGGAGGUGCAACAGCCAACAGCACCCCCACGUUUCACAAUAAGACGCCAAUCGACACUCCCGUGCCGGCCAAAUGAGCACCAUGCCUCAGUUAAGUACUCAUCAACGAGUCCCAGUCGAUCAUUUAGUCGUUCACCUGAGAAGUCUGAUGAUCAACCACGAUGUCCACCCUUUAGACGACAAUCAACCUUCCCCUCAAAUUCCUCUGAGCAAUUGUACCCACCACAUCAGCAACGUCCCAAACUCCUUCCGACCUCGCCCAGCCGGUUGGUUUUCUCAAAAUCCCCCGAUGGACCGGGUGAGACCACCGAGCAGGCAGUACGCUACCAAAUGCUACGACAAUCAACACUACCCAAUCCCGAUCAGCACCUCAAGCUACUGCCGACGUCUCCGCCAAAGAAGCAACUUUCGCCGCAAUAUAUGAAGCGUUCACCGGAAUUUUCACGACAAAACACCCUUCCCAAUCCCGACACCAUGACCUCACUCUCCAUCCAUCAGCACGGCGUGAAAUUCUUGCCAAUUUCACCGCGGCAGAAGCAAAACUUCCUCUUUCCGCAACCACAGCAGCACCCACGUCCCUUCCUGUCGCAACAAAACUUCCCAACAAUGACGGACGAACAGGGUUCAACCCAGUCCAUUGCCCAUCGUGAUCACUCGAAGAUGAUCAAGGUGCGCAGCCACAGCAACGAGGAGUACACCAAUUCACGAUCGUAUGCACCGAGUGAGGGUCGUAGGCUCCUCCCGGAGAUCCCAACGCGUCGAUCACCAAGGGUAUCACCCAACAACUCUCUUUUCAGGCUAGUACGCCAAGAGCAUGUGAAGGAGGAUCUCAUUCGAACAAACUCCGAACAGAGAUCCCCCAUCAAGCGUACCUUUGCAGAAGCCAAACAGACACUCGCUGAAUCCUUCGAUGAUCCCCCAUCGGGCCCAUAUGGGGAGACACCACCACGCUAUGUUGACUACCCUGAGAGGUAUUUGGAGGCGGAUGAGAGCAGCUACCUCGAGACCGCCUACGAUGAGUACGAGGGGGCAGAGAAGUCCCUUUAUCCGGAGGAGGGAAAACCCCCAGAUGGGAAGGCAUCAUCACGUGGGCAUCCGGUACGAUCAACGGAGAGUUUCCUCAAUGACUCAUCACCGGAAUACUUUCAUCCGGAUGACUACAUAAGAACGGUGAAAAAGGAAAGAACGCGCCGGAGGCGUUCGCGGGAAAUGAUUGAACCGGAAUUGGUGAUGUCAUCCAACGAUGAGGAACCGGUAAGACCCAAACCAGAGACAAUGCGGUCAAUUAGCGAGGAUUCUGGAACACGUCCCGUUAAACCUGUUACCAGAAGGUCUCUUUCACAUCCUGAAAGAGGAGAUAGCCAAAUACUACGACGAGCUGACACAGUGAAAGUUCCAAGUCCAAAGCCCCUGGCUGAAUUGUUGGAGAAGCAAAAGAAAGAGAAACUAUCAAAGCUGCCAUCGCCGCGUCGUAAGAAUUACAAAUCCCUCGAUUUGCCAGAUUCAGCACUAUCAUCGGCUCCAAAGGCAAUACCGCUGCAGAAGCGCGAUUCACGCAGCUUGGAAGCUGUAAUGAAGACCGCAUCUAUGAGUGAGAGGCUACGAAAUGCAUUGGAUGAUAACAAAUGCCAUUCACUCGAUGAGGGAAUUUUCAACGAAUCAGACGAACGGAAGGCCAGCAUCUGUGAUGAGCAGCAGGAUGUAAAACGAAAACUUCCCGCUGAGCACAAGACCACACUGGGUGAAGCUGAAAUUCAGAGCGCUGUAGAGGCGGCAGCCGUGAUUUUCAAGAAGGUCGUUCUUCAGAGACGCAACGCCAAGAAGGCAGCUGAGGAGGGAGGUGACGCGUGCACCGGACCACGAAAUAGGAAAUCUUCCCUCAUGCAAGAUGACAUUUCUGACUAUGAGAAUUGCAAUGGCCUGAAGAUGCUGUACCCCGAUACAGAUGAAUACAAGUUGGUCUUUAUCAGUUCCGCCGAUUCAUCCAGCAAAGAGGAGGAAUUUGAGGAUAGUAGCUCAACGACCAGCUCAGUAAAUACACGACACAGCAUCUCCCUGGACGAUUGUGAUUGGGAUUAUUUUGAACCUGGCGUGGGGAGUCGUGCAAUCUUCAGGGAUUUUUCCGUGUCACCCUUUGAUUCGCCAAGUGUACGGAGGAAGCACUUCAAGAGUUCCCCCAUGACUUCGCCAAUUUUCUACAGGAGAGGUCACACGGAAUCCCCCUUCUUGAUGCGCCAGAGACUCCGCGAAAGCGACACAGGGACGGAUGAGGAGCUUCUUGUGCACGCAGAGAGUUCUUCGCCAACAAGUUCUGAUGGUUUUGUCAAUCAAGAGUUGAUGUUUAUGAAGAAUUUCACGCGGAAAACUUGGUCGCAAUCCAGUGGGAAGGUGUCCUCAACAUCUGAAUGCAGUGACAAGGGGAAAUCGGCUGCAAAGAAGGAAUGCACAUGUGGUGGAACAACGGUGUUUGUGCCAAUUCCCGUGCUUAUCCCACCAAAUUGGAAUCCAUCGGAUUUGCUGGUGCAACCCGAAGAGAUUGAGGAUUCGGUGGCAAAGCAGAAAAUACGUGCAAUUCAGCAACGCCAGGUGGAUAUUUUUCAAUUGUGGAAUACAGCGGCACUGGUGCACCAACAGCAAAAGGGUGAGGAGGAGAAAGCUAAAAUACAACAAGCAGACCAAGAAGGAGGCACCACAAGUGCGUCUGGUGUGUUUCGCAACACUGAACCCGUGCCGUACGAUCGUGCUGAAGACGGCGGCAGUACCGGUCCGACCGUCGAACAAAUAGAAUGCAAUCCAGCAGUGCCCAUCGCAACACCGGCCCAAGAAGAGGUUGUGGUGGCAAGUGAUGCGAGAGAUGUGCGUGGAAGUGACGGCAGCAUUUUAGUCAAUCGCAAUUGUACGCCUGAACCCACCGAUAAGGUUUCCUUAUCACUGUGCGAUGGUGCAAAACAACACGGGAAAGUUGCCAACGACGCGAUUUCAGUAGAUUCGUGCGAGACACCUGUGGUGGCGGAGAGUAAUUUAAUUAGUGCGUGCAGGGAAAGGUACGAGGGCAGUGGGAAGAAACAGGAGGAGAAUCCCGUGUAUGGGAGUGAAGUGGAAAAAAAGGACAAAAUGUCCGUGGGUAGUGUUGUUGACACGCUCACGUGUGGGUAUCUGCAGUCUGAGAAUGUAUUUUCCAGUGACUCUGACUCAUCCCACGAUAGCGACGUGGGCCAAGUGCGACCCAUUCGACGGAGUUACGAUGUCACUGGGGACAAUGCCCAUGGGGAGGAGGAGGAGGAGAGUGACAAUGAGGGUGACGGUGGGGUGAGUGAUGUGGGGCACAGUGACAAUGAGGAGCGUCAAUCGGUGUCCAGCAGUUCAGCACGCGAGGAUCCGAGCUCGUCAGAAACGGAAGCCACUGACAGUGACGACACGGGCACAGUGGCAGACCGACGACCAAAAUCCAAGAGAUUUUCGCGUGUGUUUGUUGUGAAUCGUCGCGAUUCAUCGUCAGAUUCCCAAAGUUCCGAUGGGAAUACGGAAGAUUCCUCGGACAAUGAUACAGACACUGAGAAGGAUUGUGGAAUUAUUUUGAAUUAUGUGAAGGAAAUUCCCGAAAGGGAAACCAAUAGAGCUUCCACAACAGAGAGUAGUAGUGGCAGUGGUGGUAGUGAGAGUGAACCUGAUGGGCUUGUUGAUGAGGCACAUUCAGACGAUCCUGAAAAUCCAAUUGUCCUCAAUUACAUUAGAUGCCUCGAUGAUGAUGGGGAGACUCCACAAGAGGUUGUGUUGAAUUCUGUUAAAUUCCUCGAUGAUGAUGAAGUGCAUGCAGCACUUGAAGCUAAUACAUUCCAUGGCCAGGAAUUAACUGACCAACCACAGGGAGAGAGUACAAAUUCAGCAGUGGUAUGUAGUGCGGAAAAGACGUACAAUGUGCUGGAGAGUUCGAGUGAUUCACAAGACAACGAGACUGAGGAGGAGGAGGAGGAGGAAUGUGAUACGAGAGUAUCUAAUGAGAGCUGUGCAGUGUCAGAUGAGCACACAAUAAAUGCCAAAAGUGAUAAUGUAUCGGGAACGAGUGGCAUGGAGAAUACGCAAACGGAAUCACCAGUGGCGGACAGUCUCGAGGCAGCAGUUCAAGACGAAAGUGAAUGUUGUAUUGAUACGAGUUUGGUGGAUAAUGAAGUGGUCGACAGGUCAAGUAACGACGUCAGCAAUGUGUGGGAGUUACCCAUGAAAGAGGAGGAAGCAUUCCCGGAAGGUUGCUCAAGUGAUUCCCUGAAUGUUGAUGACAAAAUAAGUUCUAAUGAGAAAUCUCGUGAAGAAAUUGCAGACAAAUCAGAAGGGAGGAGUGUGGAUGAUGAAAAUCAUGAUGGAGAAGAAACUAGUUUAGAGCGGGAAGAGAUGGCAUCUUCUGGUGCAGUAGCAGCGGCAGCAACUUCAGUGGAAAUUGAAAGUGCAACGAAUUCUUGCGGUGGUGCACCAAUACACACCGGUGACCGCGAAGUGUGCACACAUACAACGACGGAGAUUUGCUCCAGUGAUCGCGACGGGUCCCCCACCGCCGCAGCACCAGGUGAGGGCAACACAGUGCCGACACACGACGAAGACACCUGUGAAAGUGGCGAAGGUGAUCGCGACGGUGAUCGUGGCGGUGAUCAUGAGGUAGUUGAGAGUGAACAAUCGACAAGCACGGACGCGGCGCACAAUGGCCCAGCUGGUGGGACCAAGUACACAAGUUUGGUAAUGAUCACACAGGAUGCACGUGCCACAACCCCUCCUGCUGUGCAAGUGAAUAUCGUUGCCACCGAUACGACGCGUAUUGUGUCCGACGAGGAAUCCGACACGGUGAUUGUGCAUCAUACAAAUUCCCAAGAUGUUGAUGAUGUGUGCAGUGGUGAUAAUACCCUAGCGGGGUAUUUUAUGCGUGCCCUAGGUGCCGAUGAUGUGUCCCCAAAAUCGUCCAAGAGGCGACCAAUUAAAAUUGUGAAUUCAAGUGAAAAUACCAGCAACGGUAGCACCCCCAUUGAGCAGGACAAGUGCAGUGAGAGUGAGGAGAAUAAAAUGAUGAUGAGUGGCAGUGGGAAGAAUGGUGUGGAUGACGUCACCGUGGUUACUGGCGCGAAUACACUGUCGGCGGUUAUUAGCCUCGAAGAGGGUCUCGCGGAUGAUGACUCCUGGGUGGAGGAGAUCAGCAACAAUGACGAUGAGGAGUUUGGUGGUAAUACAGCCACUGAUUCCGACAUGGAUUCAGGGGAGGAGAUCACGCUAUCGUCAACCAUAGACCGUGAAGAGGAGCUGCGUGGAUACAAUCGUACCGCAAUAGAUUUUACCCUUCACACAAUUGUUGAGGAGAGUUGCGAGGAGAGUGAGGUGGAGCAAUCGAGCAUGAAGAACAAAUACCGUGUUUCAGCAUCGGAUCUCGAAAAGUACUUUUUCUACGGGCUGGGAGAUGGGAAACCCAGUGCUGUAUCCCUUGAAAAUCGCGAGGAUUCCUUGUCUGAAAGUAGUAGCAUUUGCAGUGAAGGAAUGGACAGCCUGGGAGGACCUGAUGAUGCAAAUGUGGAGACAAAUCCAGCAGCUGAUUUAACAGCUUCGCGUCUUGAAAAGUAUUUUCUAACAGGAUUCAUGGGAUUUUCAGCAGAGCAUGCAGAUUCCGAUGGUAGUGGUAGUGUGGGGAGUGAUAGUGAGGGUAGACCAAGUCCCGAGCAGAGGAGGAAAAAGCUCGUUCGGGCAAGGGGUUCAGGAAGAUCUCACAGUUCCUCGUUGGAUAAUCUUCUGGCAAAGGAAGAUUGUGCACCGGAUCAGGUUGUGAAUGACACAAAUGAUUCGAAUGAUUCUUCAGAAACGGAUACAUGUGAUGAGAAUACAUUGAGUGCAGAUAAACCCGAUGGGCAGAGUGAUACAAUGAAGAGGAAGAAACAGAAUAAGAAGCGACUUGAGCAUGCGGAUGAUAAGGAGGAGAGUGAUCUGUCGGAUGAUGAAGAUCGCAAAACACCUCAACCCGAAUAUCUUCUGCCGCCCAAUAAUCUCGUGCAAUCCCGGAAGCAACACAGUCGUGAUAGUGGUUUUGUGGGGAGUAACGAUGAUCUCCUUAAGACUGAUGAUUCCCUCAAAUCGUCCGAAUUGAAGGUGGAACUCGAGGAGAUUGAGGAGGAGAAUCGCUGUGACGUGAAGGAGACGGAAAGUUCAGGAAGUGCCACAAAAUCAACACCACCAUCUGCAAUGCUAACGCGCAAGGAUAGCUUCAACAAUUGGAGCUCCGAUGAGGAGACAAAUGUAAUGAUGUCGAAGAUGAGGCAAUUCUUUAAGACACUCGUGGCUGCGAGUGCCAAUGUGCAGAGUAUGUCACAAUCCUCCAAAGUAGCUCCCACCACGACACAUGCUGAAUUGUCCGGUGAGUCACCGAAAAGUGGUACACCAAUUGCAAAACCACGAAACCGUAGCAAACCACCGCAAUUGGUGUACUUUGAGAAUGAGCUGACACGGCUCAUGAAGACUGUGCCAGGAAUAAAUGAUGAUCAAGUGCGGGAGAUUGUUGAGUAUCUCAGUAGUGAGGAUACAUGGUCAGAUUCCUACGAUUCAUCCGAUUACACAAGUUCAGACCUCGAGGGUGCAGGGAAAAAGCCCAAGAAGUCCGAGCUGCAGGAACAAAUCUCCGCAAGUUGCCAGCAGAUUAUCAAUAAAUUCGACAGCACUGUUGUGGAUCACGAUGAGGAGGGUGAUCGUGGGGAUGGGGGCUUGCUGAUUGGGGAGACAAAUGAAAAUCCAGGGUUAAAUCGUGAGACAGCUUUUGUGUAUCAAAAGCUCGUGGCGAGCUUUUCGAAGAUUGCUGCUGGUGAGGAAAAACCCACAACUUCCACGGGAAGUCCUCCGAUUUUUGCCAAAGUUAUCCACCAUAUUGGUAGUAGAUUGGUGGCUCUAAUGCACGAAGUGAGUAGUGGUGAGUCUCAUGCAAGUUCCUCCCCACGCGGGGCAGCUGCUUCGCGGCAUCACAGACGGUUGCAGGCUAAAAUAUCCGCCACAACAACCGAGGAUGACGACAGCACGUCGGAUAGCGCCAUGGAGAAGCCGGAAAAGAUUACUUUUGCCCACCUACCGCGCAGCAAGUCGCACGAUCUCCUCCUGGGGGAGUCACGACCACUCCAUCAUCAAUCAAGUAGUGGUGUUAGUGAUACAGCUGCCGAGGAGAAGGAAGCCAGUGAUUAUGAACGAUUCUCCUGGCGGGGGAGCUUUGAGUCGGCACUCCUUGCAAAUGGAGAUUCACGCACCAAGCUCACUCUCCUCGAUCAUUCCUCCUCAGCCACAGCGCUGGCGGCAAAGAGACGUUCCGCGGGUGAUUUACUUUUCAACCAGAAGAGUCUCAGUCGCGAACAACUUGAUCGUGUGCGAUCAUGUGGGAGUAUCGGUGGUGGGAUGGAUCAUGAGAUUGAGGGCUCCAAGUUGUGGGGAUCGUCGACCAGCCAGAAGAGUGCACGUCGCCGUUCAAGCGUCCCCGAUGCUGCAUGUGAAUCCGACAAUGAUUCAUCGGACGAUGAGAGACACUUUGCCACACGAUCCACAUUACCACGGAGUCUCCAGACAACGGCAUCAAAUAGCACAAAUUCCCUCCCACGCCUGUCCACAUCCAACCUCCCCGGGUCCACGUCGUCAAAGCAACACAGUGUCUAUCAUUUCCUGCAGAAUAAUGUUAAAAGUGCGCGAUAUCGUGCCCCAGGGUUCAAUCGACCCACAGCCAUGUCGAAGAAAACCCUCUCAGCACCCGGACUUCAGCAUCAAUCCCUCACGUCAAUGUAUCAACGUCGGGAUGGGCGCCGUAAAGUGCAAAAUGUGCACACUUUUGAUGAAAAUCCAAUUUCACCAGAAGUCGCCCCAACAUCCCCUGUGGCUGCUGCUAGUAAGAGUAAUGUCACAAGUGGAGGUCCAACUAGUCCCGCGGGAUCACGCGGAUCAGCCUCCACUGAUCCGUGGCCAUCGCAGUCAGAUGAGGACAUUGAUCGUCUUGUGGCGCUUCAUCAGAAUCGCAAUAGUCUCAGUUCUCUCGGGCUGCGAUCAGAUUCCAUGGCUAGUGUUUAUUCCGGUGCCGGUGAGGGUAGGUACGGUACAGUGGUGGUCAAGGGAAAUAUCGAAUUUGGGAUGCAGUACAACUAUAAGCAGAAUGCCCUUGAAAUUCACAUUGUCCAAUGCAAAGAUUUGGCUGCUGUGGAUGCCAAGAGAAAUCGCAGCGAUCCUUACGUGAAGGUAUAUUUGCUGCCGGAUAAGUCAAAGAGUGGGAAGAGGAAGACGAAAGUGAAGAAGCACACGCUAAAUCCCUUCUUCGAUGAAGUCCUCAAAUUCCACAUGUCAAUCAGCAGCUUGGAAUCACGAACGCUGUGGCUCACAGUUUGGCACUCCGAUAUGUUUGGUCGGAAUGAUUUUCUGGGUGAAGUGUUGAUCAAUUUACAGGGAAAAUUAUUCGAUAAUCCCCAACCACAGUGGUAUCAGCUGCAGGAGCGGAGUGAGCCAUUUGAUGAGCCAGCUGCCUAUCGGGGUGAUAUAAUUGUUGGACUAAAAUUCGUACCACCGGAUUCGGGGCAUAAUUCCACAUCAAGUUUCCGGAAGUUUAGUAAAUCCUCAAUCACCGCGAGGUCCUCAACUAAGGGGUCCCUCCAUGUGCUCGUGAAGGAGGCAAAGAACCUCAUGCCAGUUAAAGCAAAUGGCACAUGUGACGCCUUCUGCAAGAGCUAUCUCUUGCCAGAGAAGAGUCGCAGUUCGAAGCGCAAAACCGACGUAAUAAAACGAACAGUUAAUCCCGUGUGGAAUCACACAAUCGUAUACGAAGAUGUUACGCUCCAGGAAUUAUCUGAGAGAGCCAUCGAGCUGACGAUCUGGGAUCACGAUCGACUUGCCAGCAAUGAAUUUCUCGGUGGCGUGCGCUUUUCUCUCGGAACAGGGAAACACUACGGGAAACCCGUUGAGUGGAUGGAUGCUACCGGCAAAGAGCUCUCUUUGUGGCAGAGUAUGCUAAAUCGUCCCAAUUUCUGGGUUGAAGGCUGUCUUGUGUUGCGAUCUUCAAUUGACACCGCACGCAAUUCUUUAUAGUCCCAAAGUGAUUAAGAAAUUUGGUAAGAAAAUGAGAAAAGAAAUCAAUUUUCCAACAUUUUUUUGGGAAAAAAACAUUUUGAGAAAAUUCUUGUUGAAGAGAAUGUAGUAUGUAAUAUGUUUUUUGUGUGUGAGGGUGGUUUUUUGCGGAGUAUCUCAUCAUAAGUGUACGUACACAACAUCCCAUCCCACGACUUUAUGAGGGUGGUUUGGUCACUUAAUGAAUGAGAAAUCUGUUGAUGUGUUUAUUUUCUUUUUGUCGAAACUUCCCCCAAAUUUUGGGGAAGAAAAAUAAAAGAUUCCAUGCAAUGUAUUUGUGGAAUUGCAUUAUAUACAUAAACAUAAUGAAUUAUGUAGAGGCACCCGUGUUGUUUUAUAUAUAGAUGACAAAAGAAUAAUAUUUAAAAAAAUAUAUUCUCAAGUUGUUCACAUUAAUCGUGAAUUUUUCUUGUGAUCAAAAAGUUUUUUGUGAGAUCUUUGUGUGGUUUUUCACGCCCAAAAUUCCCUUUUUUAAUGAAAAAAAAAAUCCCUGGGCGAUUUUUAGGAGAAACACAAAUUUUUAAAAUGAAAAUUUAGAAAGAAAAAAAAGAGACAAAGACCUCUCUUUAAGAAGAUUUAGAACAAAAAAAAAAAGAAUUAAAUGUUGAUAUUAAUGCUAAAAAAUAUAAUGUAUUCGUGUGUUGAGGCACAAAUUUAAAUAUAAUGAAAUGAUAAUAAUUCUAAAAACAAAAUAAAUUCAAAAAUUAUUUAUUGAGAAAUAAAAGUUAUGUGUUACAAAUAGCAGAGAAGAAAAUGGACAACAUAAAAUAAUAUACAUAUAAUCCUUGCAAUUUAAUCCACACACACAGAUAUUCUAAAAAAAAUGUGCAAAUGCCACGCUCAUGUAAUUCCUUCAAGAUUUUUGCCGAAAUGAACACACCAUAGCGACUUAAAAAAAUUAAAAAAAUAUAUACAUAAAUAUGAAGAAAAUUUAGAAAUUAAAUAAACCACAAAUUCCUAUAUAGGCGCAUGCAUAGCAAGAUGAAGAUGAAUGAAGCAGAUGAAAAAUUUAUGAUAAGAUAAAAGAUGCCACAAUAAUAAUUAUUGUGAUUGCUUUGACAUUCCAUUUUCUUGCGUAUUUUUAAUUUAAGUGAAAAUAUGAUUAAGAAGUAUCCUUGUGGAGUAAAAAAAAACCAACAAAAGAAAUGUUGCUAUAUAUAUCAUAAAAUACUAUUUGGAGGCACAAUUCAAUGGUCAACCACUUAGUAGAUUUAUCCCCCGUCAUCUGUGAAGUAUUCAACAUCUAUUAAUUGCAAAUUUUUGUGUAUAUUUAUAUUGCUAAAAUGAAUGUAAUUUUUUCGAGAAAAAAAAUCAAAUAAAAAAAUGUGAAGAAUCAUUUAAAGAGAUUUACAUUUUUUUCCCACGAAUUCUAAUCUUUAAUUAAAUAAUAUUAAAUAAAAAAUAAUAGAAGAAGAAACUUUUGCAAAACCGACCGGGUUGGAGCGCGGAUACAAUGCAAAGCUUAACUACAUGUCAGAUGUGAGAUCUUUUUCUGCGUUGUAAAUCGAAAUAAUGUAAUAAUUUCUCAGCUCCCUGCAAUACUAGUGACCCCUAAGGCGAAUUAAAUUCCUUUCUGAGAAAAUAAAUAAAUCUUGUGUAAUAUGUAGCGAAUUCUUUUCUUCCAUCGGGGGUGGUGCAAAAAUUUCUGGCUCUGGAUUUGUGCAAAAUUAUUCUAUUUUUUUUUAAAUAAAGGAUGUGAUCUAAAUUAACCUAAAGAGAUUUCUUUUGGAUUUUCCUUUCCUUGGAAAAGAGAUUAAAAAAUUAUUAAUUUUGCUGAUGGAUAAUAUUUUUAAAAAGUUCUGGUUUUAUAAAUAAACUAAAAAUUAUUCUAAUUAAAAAAAAACAUUUUUUAAAGAAAAACAAAUAAUUUUUGUAAGGAAAUCAAGACGAGGAAAAAGAAGAAGAAUUUUGAUUAAUUUCAAAACUUUUUGAUGAUUUUCGAGAGUAUUAUAAUCUUAAAAAUUUUGUAUUUCUUUAAAUAAAUUCACAAACAACUCUAAAGAUGCCUCAGAACGUUAAGAAUUGAGUCCCAAUCAGUAAAAAAAUAAUUCGAAUGAUGUAAAGAAUUUUAGAAAAAAAUAUUUGAUUUGAAAACUUUUUUAAAAGGACAUUUCUUGUAAAUUGAAGAAAAUUAAGGAAAAUUACUGGAAAAAAUGAUUAAUUUUUAAUGAUUUGAUAGAAAAGUUAAAAAAUUAAAAAUUCCCGUCCAUAUUGGCAUGAAAAUCUUUUAUUUUGAUUAAUAUUCAAGUAACUUUUGGAAUCCUUUAAUAGAAAAAAAUCUAAAAUCUUUAGAAAUCUUCUAAAGCUUUUCUAUAAAAAAUUAUUAAAAGUUGAAGUAUAUAAAAGAAAAUAUUUAAAUCAACACGUCACUAGAAAGUUAAAGAAGUUUUCGUAUUUUACUGACUGCCAUUUAAGAAUUAUAUUUUAAAAAAGAAUUCUUUUCUUUUCUUCAUAAAAAUUCUUAUUCUUUAAGGAAUUUCUUUAGAAAAAAUCUCUUAAUUUAAUCAGAAUGGAUAAGUUUCUUAUAAAUCCAGAAACUUUUGCACAACAUCCCGACUUAAAUGUUCUUUCUACAAAAAUUAAAUAAAAUCGUGUGUAAUAGACGAAUUAAGAAAUAAAUCUAUAUAAUAGAACUUUUACUGUUACUGAAUUUCCUUUCUAUUGCGCGUUAAUUGUCUUUGUAUUUGGAAAUGAAAAAAAAGAAGUUUUUUAAGAUGUUAAGAAGAAAAAAAUGUUGGUUUCACAUUCUAUUUAAUGAGAGGUAAAAAAUAAAAUAUUGUCGAUAGUGCUGAAGAACUUUGAAGAAAUUUUAAGUAUAAAAAAUAAAACACACGAAACCUUCCACUAAAUCGUGAUACUAUUUUAUCUAUACAUAUUUACAUGCAUAAAUGUAUCUCUAUAUAUGAUUGAAGUAAAAGUAAAUGAAAAAAAACUUAUACACAGUGUUUGACAAAAAAAGAAAAAUUCAUGUGUUUUGUCUCUUUUUUAUUUUUUAUCAAAGUUAGAAAUUGAAGGAAAUAAAAAAUCCAAGAAAACCCUUUUCUAUAAUAUAUAUUAUGAUAAUAUAAAACCUAUAAUAAUUAUAAACUAAAUAAUAUUUAGCUUCGAUAGACAAAAAUCAAGCCCAUUCGAUAGGCAAAAGUUAAUCAAGUUUCAAAAUGAAAUAAAAAAUUGAUAUAUGAAUAAAAAAAAAGAAUUAUUUAAAAGAAAAGAAAAAUUGAUGAAAGAACAAUGCAUAUUGAUAUUAGUCCUUAAGAGUAUGUAUUUGAUGAGAUACGGUAAUAAAAAAAAAGGAAAGAAAUUUUUAAAAAUA